GUGGGAAUAACAAAACCUUCGCCGGGAUCGACCACAUUGGAGGAUGUAUUGGAUUCACUAUUAGGGCUCCCUUCCCACACCACUAGGAUUCACACACCCCAACCAAGCCCUAGAAAGUCUUCAAGUCCUUACUACAUGCUCAGUGGAAAGAGUCCGAGGUACGAACAGCUAGCGAGUAGUGGGCACAGCAGUGCCUCUCAGGCUUCCCGCUUCAUGAACACACCUAGUGAUGUCCCGAGCUCGUUCACGGACCCCAGCCCAGAUCAGGACCGACCAGGUAGGAACGAUAUGCAAGGAUACAGUUGAUAUGCCCGUGAUGCAAGAAUCGAGGCGAUCGAGGUCAGUCACGGGUGACCACUCCCGGCGGAGAAGUGAACCGUUUGCCAAUCACAGCGCCUCUGCAGAUCGCCGCACCAGCCUCGACGCAACAGCCUUCCGAUCUGAUAACCUCGUCCGCCACGAAUCCAAAAGCUCCCUAGUUUCCCUCCUAACUGAAAACAGCACUGACGAGGCCUUCGUCAAGUGCAAAUACCCAAAAUGCUCAUCACGCACACCCUUACCCGAAGCGAAACGGCAUUACAAAACAUGCCACAACUGCACCACAAUGUACUGCUCAAAGGAAUGCCGGAGAGCUCAUUGGGAGAAGCACAGAAAGGUAUGUCUUCAUUCGCGUGCUAGUGCACUCUGUAGACAGAUAAUAGCGGCAGCCAAGGAGGACGCUGAUUCCUUGCAUCAGAUUAGUACGGCAGCCUAUCAAGGGUAUCUAGCUCAGGGUCGCGGCGUGGUUAAAGUAUACUUUACAAGCCCAGAAGCGGCGGAAAAGUUUACAACCCACGGAUACCAGAAUCUAAGUGAACCAGAAUUUGUAAAGUGGUCAGCUCUUCAGCCAAAUGAAAUGGGAGUGGAAUUGUAUACGGAAGUUAUCAAACUCUGCAAGAGUUACAAUCCAGAAACGAGAGUAAUAUUGUUCGUGGCCGUUUGCAUAUUAAGCGAAGUGCCGACAAAGGGGGCUGUGAAGUGGGAGAGGCAAAUGGUUUCUAGAUGCGCCAAGCUGAGACUGAGCAAAACUGUUUCGAUUGCGAUACAAGAGCAAAACAAACGACGGCAAAGAAGGGACAGCAAAGAGACGCCCGAAGACAGAGACACAUUGAUACUGACUUCGAAAUUGUGUAACACGGGAGAAAAGCAUGCGGUGAGUGCACACAAAUUUAGAGAAGUGUGUUUUAAAAAUAUAUGCUAUGAAUUGGAAAAUAGAGGAGUUGUGCUGAAGAAACAUUUCCCUGAAGUGUAUCAUAGGCUGGUCGCUUACGUGGAUGGGACCAGCGAGAGAUUCAUCCCAAUGACAAUAUACCCAAGGGACGUGAAUAGUGGGAAAUCAUUCAUGUGUGUGAUUAUGCCUGAUACCGACCUGGAUAGCGGUACGCCAGUUGAUGGUAAUGUUAUGACAAUUGACGUCGGAGUUGAUAGUUCUAAGCAUCAGCUAUCGACGCCAAUGUAGGAUUUAUACACACACUAUUGUAAUAGCGUAGACGUAAUAUUAUCCGGUAUGUACCUUCAUGGUCGAUAAUCGAUGACAGUGUCAACAACUAACACCAGGCGGUAGCUUCCAGACACCACGGUUGCGCGAUUGGUUGCGCCGCCAUGGUGAAAUAUAGCUCUUUCAUUGAGAUCUAGAGAUUAACAAAAAGAUCAACUGCUUCUGCUAUCUCGAUAGUGUGUUAUGAUUCACGAAUAAACGACAUACUAGGUAAGGCUGUGUUUGUAAUAAUUAUAUUAAAAUUAUGCAUUUAUAAAUUUGUAAUCGCGCAAAUUUUCUAUUCUUAUGAUAGAUCGAUAAUCUAUUCGAUAAUUGUAAUUCGCAUCCCUUUCAUUAAGUAAAUAAAGACUUGAAUUUGAAUGUCAUCCCAAUAAAAAAAAUGUAUUUUUGUACAUACCUAUUAUAAUAAAUAUGGGAACUGUUGCGUUAAAAUGAGAUUAUUGCUGGAUUUAGUUUCGUUAACUCUUAAUUAUUUCAACAACUACUAAAAUCUUCAUUCAAGUUAUGAUAAUAUGAUUAUUGCUUUAUAUUUCUUAGACUUUAGUAAAUUCAUCUCUGUUAGAAAAUCUUUAUAGUUAGUAAUUAACGCAUUUUAGAUAGAUAUUAUAAUACUUUAUCUUUCGCUGUGAACCUUUUUUGCCUUUUUCCUAUUGUAGUGUGAUGAAGGAUCGCAUUGCUGUUGACAGGUAUGUAAGGUGUUGCUAUAUUAUGGCUAUAUUAUAUAGUAUUGUAUUUGGCUUCAAAAGGAAAGAACUCAUUAUAAAACAUUUGGUGCCAAAUAUCAAGCAAAAUUUUAUAGUGCAUACAGUUCAAAUUUCGAAAUUUUAAAUAACAUGUAUACAUACAAAACUAUAGAUUUUCUAAAUAAAACGUACCAAGUAUUUGAAUUAAAUAAAGUAUUUAAUGUGUUAAUUUUCCAUGAAAUAGACAAUAUUUCGAAUAGGUUAAUCUGUUAGAAAUAGAUUGUUAAAAAGACUUUUAUUGCUAAUUAUUUUCUUGUACCAAUUAAUUGUACUUACGGUGAAAAUGUAGCUAUUGACUCUGAAGUGAUUACAAACGGCUAUGUUAAGUCUGUAUUUAGCCUAUUGCUUAUAGACAUUAAAUCCAGGGUUCAGGAAUUUAAAUAUAAUCCAUGGGGGCUCUGUGGACUAUUACAAUUUUGAAGUUAAACCUAUGAAAUAUUUUCUCUACAUUAAUUGCCUACCUAAUUUUUGCAUUUUACAUUUACUAACACUUAAAACUGGACUAAUUAAAAAUUAUAUAAUUAACCAUUUAAUUUUUUAUUGCAACAAUGACGGAUGUAAUAUUAAUGUCUGACUGAAGGACUAGCAUCCAUGGUCAUAAAAUAAAUAAAAAAAUAUAUUAUUGUCCAUUUUAUAGAGACAUGUCACAAUGGCAAUAUAAUGUCAAUGUUAAAGAGGUAAAUAAUAUAUAAUGAGUAAAAUACAAUGUUUAUAUUUCAAACGCGAACUUAUCAGAAUAAACUCGCUUAGAUAAUAUAAACGUUUAGAUAGACUGUGACAUUUGUGAAUACGCCGAAAAUAGCGAAAAAAUGUGCUUGCGUUGCUGAUAAUAACCUCUACUUUCAGCAACGCAAGCACACUAAACACUAAGUGCCUAACAAAUUGCGACUGUAAGUCACGCACACUAACGUAAUAAAGCUGACCAGUUGUCAUGCGUUGCCUAAAAGCAAGAGGCUCUAUCUAGACAUAAUUACAAAUUAUUUAAGUAAACUGGCAUUAUUAUUGGUGUCACAGAAACAGCUACAUUUUCACUAAUUAAAUAGGUACUCAACAGUUACCUACGUUUUAUACAUUGUUGUGUUUGUAAUUAAUACUACCGACUUGUUACUGUUAGUAUUAUUCUACUAAAUUUUCUAUUCUAAUUAUAUACAUGCAUUAUUAAAUUAUAGUGCAUUCUUUUCAGAAUUUUAAUACUAUAAUAUAUUCGAGUUAGUAUCUAUGUUAUUUUGUUGUAUUCAUAACUAUACAAAUUACCCGCGCGGUUUUAUCGCGCACCUAGUUAAAUAAAUGUAGGUAAACAGCUUUUGAUAUUUUGCAUUCCAAAGCGUAUUUGUGUUCAAGUUGUGUUCAUAGGUGUCGACGAGAUGUUAACAUUUUGUAUUUAUCCAUGAUAUUACCAUAUCUAUCAUUGUUUCAUAGUGGAAAUAAUUUUUUAUCUAGUUGUCCUAAAAUAUACGGUCCACCAAA